AUGCAAUUACUCCGCGCAAUGUCCGCUGGCCUCCCACUCCACCGAACCCCCUCAGCCACCGCUACCAGCGCCCCCGCACUUGCCUCCGCACGGGUUGGGUUGAGCGCGCUUCUGUCUCCCGGUCCUGAGUCCCUCCCCUCUGGCGCCACAGCACAGGCAGGGUACGCCACGGUGGCCGUUUCCAGAGACCCGCAAUUUGCCACGUUGGAAGAUGCUGACGUGGAAUAUUUCAAGGGAAUUCUAGGCGAACGUGGCGUAAUCACGGACCCUGACGCCGUGGCAGCAGCCAACGUGGACUGGAUGGGCAAGUACAAGGGGAAUAGCAAGCUGUUGCUGCGGCCAACCACAACAAGCCACGUGGCGGACGUUCUGAAGUAUUGCAAUGAGAGGCGGUUGGCGGUGGUGCCUCAGGGCGGCAACACGGGGCUGGUGGGCGGCAGUGUGCCUGUGUUCGAUGAGUGCUUCCCCCAACCAAUCCCCCCACCACCACCCUGCCCCUCACUCUGCUGGGGCCUGUGUGGGGCGCGCUAUCAGGUGAGCGGCAUCCUGGAGUGCGAGGCGGGGUGCAUCCUUGAGUCCCUCGACACCUUCCUGGCUGACAAGGGGUUCGUGAUGCCAUUGGAUCUGGGCGCCAAGGGCAGCUGUCAGAUAGGCGGCAAUGUCUCCACCAACGCGGGUGGCAUCCGGCUCCUCCGAUACGGCUCCCUGCACGGCUCCGUGCUCGGGCUGGAGGUGGUGAUGGCGGAUGGCACGGUGGUGGACAUGACGAGGGCGCUCAGGAAGGACAACACUGGCUACGACCUCAAGCAGCUCUUCAUCGGGGCGGAGGGCACGCUGGGCGUGGUGACAAGGGUGGUGCUGCUGGCGCCCCCGCGCUCGCCCUCAGUGCACGUGGCGCUGCUGGGGUGCUCAUCAUUCGACGCUGUGCAGCAGGUGUUCUGCGCCAGCAGGCGCCACCUGGGGGAGGUGCUAUCUGCCGCUGAGUUCUUCGACCGCAGCUCCCUGCAGAUGGUGCUGAAGCACAACGAGGGCACGAGGGACCCGCUACCGGACGGGGAGUAUCCCUUCUACGUCCUCAUUGAAACGUCUGGCAGCAACCCUGACCACGACCGGGUGAAGCUGGACGCGUUUCUGGAGGGCGUGAUGGAGGAUGGCGCCGUGGAGGACGGCACCGUGGCUCACGAUUCUACUCAGGCCGCUGCCAUCUGGCACCUGCGCGAGGGAGUGGCGGAGGCGCUACAGCGAGCAGGCGCAGUGUACAAGUACGACCUGUCAGUGCCCGUCUCACAGCUGUACGGCCUCGUUGAUGAGAUGCGCUCCCGCCUAGAGGGCAGUGCAGCGCAGGUGGUGGGGUAUGGGCAUCUGGGCGAUGGCAAUCUGCACCUCAACAUCUCCGCUCCCUCGUAUGACGACAAAUUGUUGGAGCGGAUAGAGCCAUUCGUGUACGAGUGGGUGGCGGGGCGGCAGGGCAGUGUGAGUGCGGAGCACGGCCUUGGGCUCAUGAAGGCCAACGCCAUCCACUAUAGCAAGGACCCCCAAGCGGUGGCAGUGAUGAAGAGGGUGAAGGCGCUCUUUGACCCCAACGGCAUCCUCAACCCCUACAAGCUGUUGCCCUCCUCGUGA